UAUACCUUGCGCAUGCGCACGGACUAUGCACAAGCGAAUGAUUCAUUGCGGUGGUCACGUGUGUAUACAAAACAUUGUAUUGUGUAUCAAACGCGUGUGUACCAUAAGGCACUGUUAAGGUCGUUGUCGAGGUUCUUAUUCGGGACUAAAAAUGGAAAGUCUUGUAAUAGACGACAGCUCCUCUGAUAUUUAUGAUGCGUCGUUGGCAUGUGAUCAACAGGAAAAUAAAAUGGAGACAACGAUGGUUUACGUGAACAACCAUGGCAAGCACGAACAAGAGCUGACAGAGCUGGACAGCGAGAACACGGGCAGUUUAACCGCAGUACUCAAAGAAGAAAUCAAAUACACGAUACAGACAAAAAGGCUCGCUAGAGGAUUAUCGGAGCUUGAAGUCGAAAUACCCAAGCCGAAAAAAGAAAGGUUAACGCCUGAAGAAGAGGCGAGGAGACACGAAAGGCGAGAAAAAAAUCGACUAGCAGCCACCAAAUGCCGAAACAAGAAGAGGGAGCGAGCACAACAGUUAGAAAAGGAAACCAAGAAACUGCAGUCACAAAAGGAUAUUUUAAUGCAACAAAUUCAAGAAUUGCAAGAAGAAAGGGAACAACUCUCGUAUCUGUUGCAGUCGCACUUGAUGAACUGUACUGUGAGACGGAGAAAUGCGAGAGAGUGACGUCUUGUGUGUUAAACAUCAUCUCCAAUAUCUAUGAAUGAAUGUUAUUGACUGCUUACAAGCAAAGUGCACGGUCGUCGUCAGGUGUAUUUUAAACCAAUAAGGAGCAAGUUUUUGAGUGUAUUGAACUUUACCAGAGAGAUUCAUUUAUCACUUGUUUUGUUGUUGUUGUUGUUUAGAAGAACAUAUUUACCACGAGUGUAUUGUAUAAGUUCAAGCUGUUUUCUAUCACCGAAGGCUGAUG